AUGUCUAUCCUCAUCUGUGUUGGAUGCGUACUCUUGAUGGCGGGUCUUCUGAUAUGGCUGGUUCCGAAUCACGCACAGUCACGGCUUAAGGGAAGCUGGAGUCAUCUGCGGAAUCAAAGGAGGCGGACCAAGACCCACGGUUCCUCGAACAUCGAGGAUAUGAACCCAGCUCGUGUUAGUGAGGAUGAUGAUUCUCCUGCAGAGCAAGAACCCGUGAGGGAUGGCGAUGGGGCGGACACGUCUAGUUCAUCGUCAGACAACGAGGAUAAAGCGCCGCCAGAAGGCCAGAGUCAGGGAAAAGGAUCGUCAAGCGAUAAGGAGCAAGGACAUGAAGCAUCCAACACCGAGGAUCAAGAGCAAGAACCGUCAAACGAGCGGAACAUGGACGCGGAACAGGGCUCCCUACCUGUUGUCAACAUGACUGAAGGAAUCCCACCAACUGAGGAGAUUCAGCCAAUUCCAGAGAUCCAACCGGUUCAGGAGAUCCAACCGGUCAAGGAGGUUAACACGAUAUCAACGGUCGACCAGCCCAAAAAGGCUCUGGCGGAUGAUGAAACUCCAGAGGAUGAGGGGUCAUUUUCAUGGAAGCUGUGGAGAUGCUGGGAAGGCGCACUGGACUGCUGCUGCGCGACAUGUCUAGUGGACCCUGAGUGUGUGGCUGGAUCGGAUUUAUCAAUAGGUUUCGUCGUCAAUAGCAAGUAGAAGCAGUGAUAUGAAACUGCGUAGCGAUUUUGAGUUUAUGCAAUACUCUUGGAAACAUUGAA